GCCUAAUCUCAUUGCCCUCCCUCCUUCAUCCCCAUCCCCAUCCUAAUCCUCAUCCCCAUCCUCAUCCCCAUCCCCUUCCCCUUUCUCUUCUUUCUUUCUUUCUCAAAACGACUGUCCUCCGCACCUUUCACACACGCUCUUAUUUUUGUGUUGUUGAGUGUUCCAGCUGCCGAGCAUAUCGAAAAAUGUCAUAUCCAACGGCCCGUGCUCGGGAGGGCAAGAGCCCUUGGUCCUCUGUAAACGCUGAUGCUGAUGCUGUGGCCCAGAUACCAGGCGCACCGGACCCACCUGUAAUACCAACCAUUACAAAGCCAAGCUCAAAGCCUAAACCCACCACAGCAAAACCAACAGCGACCGUGCUACCACCGAAAACCAUCACCACAAAAACAGGCGUCAUCAUUCCAACCACCACGAGUACCAAAGAGCUGCCGACCAACACCACGAUUACGACCUCGACCUCAACCCCAGACGCAAAUGCCAGCAAUGACGGCUCUAUCGGGACCAAUGACGGCAUCACUGGGAUCAUUAUCGGGUCUGUUCUCGGGGUGGUGGUUGUCGCUGCUGUCGUCGUAGGGUUGUUGCUGAGGAGGAAAGGGUCAAAGCGGAGAGGCCAUGGACUGCACGAGGCAAAGUUACAUAAGCAGCAGCGCAUGAUCGGAGAGGACAUCAGCGUAUUCAUGGCCCCAUCCAGACAUCGUCGAACAGGAUCCUCGUCGCUCAACGGAGCCUUGGCUGCAAGAGGUAACAAGCCUUUGGGCAGAACUCGUGUUGAAGUCGAGGAUACGGACGGACAUGGAGAGUACCAACAGCAGCAGAGCUUGCAUGAACAGCUACAGGACCAGGAGCACCAGCAGCAACCGGGUUGGUGGAACAAAAAAUCACCUCUGGAAUACUACCGCCAAGUACCGCCCCUGAAGGAACUUAACAAAACAGCACCCGACAAUGACGAGACUCAGCAGGGACGUGUGGAAGUUAGUCAACGAGACAUUGCUUCCACAGGGGUACCGGGACAGUUUCCAGGGCAUGGUGCGGUCGAGGGCAUGGCUGCAAAGAGCCUUACAAACGCUUCUGGUGAAAGACAGCAGCAGCCCUUUGCGCGAGAGUCGAUUCCACUCUCCAGCACAUCAAACAAUGAAGGUACCAGUCGCUCGUCCAACCAAAACAGUGCGCGCAACAUGAACCAUGAUUCUCGACAGCAGAUCUCUUCAGGGAACAACCGCCAUCUCCCUUCCUCGCCAUACGACCCCGCUAUCCGACCGCUUCCUCAGCAGCAACGACAGGAGUACCAGCGUAACAAUGACAACCCAUCAACCACUGGCACUUUACUAUCUCCCCUCAGCCCUCUCAGCCCUCUCAGCCCUCUCAGCCCCAUGGGACCCGUCUUCACAGAACCAUCACCGCCAUCAAACUCUGUCACAGGAGCAUACCAUCCUCCACCGCCAGUCGACAUCGCGACCAACCCAUACUACCGCCUCCCACCGCGCCCCGUCAUCAUCCCAGUCACACCCCCUCCAAGGCACUCUCGACAGCUUUCACAGCCAUCUGCUGGGUUCUACGACUUUUUGGAGCAGGAGAUUGAAAACUCCUCAGCACCCAUGACCAAGACCACUGACAGCAAUAACAACAGCACCGGCAGUGGUCGUCAACAACCUCCUCCAAGAUCGGUCGAGAGAAAGUCAGCCUCGACCACAGCCCCGCCUCCGAUCCCUCGCGCUACUCGGCCGAUCUCGAUCAGUGCCGAGAACAUGACAGCUUUGGAUGCAUCUCCUGGCCCUGUACCCGCCUUACCACCAUCUUUGACUCCGUUUCAGCUGAACCAGCAACAGCUACCAAGGAACUGGAGAGCGUCGCCGUGGUCUCCAGUGUCGCCUUCAGGAUCGAAUAACGAUGAGCCACGGAUGGGCGGACGGAUGCCACGCGUCAAGAGUCAACGAAAGAUGGAUCAUACUACACAUACAUAAAUAAAAGCCCAUGUACUAUAGACAUAUACACAGAGAUCUGCAAGUUAGCUAAAUGUAAUAAAAUAC